GGCUGCCCCCCUCUCUCUCUCUCUCUCUCUCUCUCUCUCUCGGUUAUGGUUUCUGCACACAUUGCUUCAUAAAGUGAGCGAAAGACAAGUGGACAGCUUCAUCCCAGUCCAGCUGGAAGCACCAAUAGCAGGUACUCAUGAGAUGAAGAGGAUUUCCACACACACUUCCUAAAGCACUUGCAUACAUACGUGAUAGCGUGUGUGUGUGUGUGUGUAGGAAUCUUUUAGCACCACCUACCAAAAGGUCAGUUCUAACACCUUAGACUCAGGGUGUGAAAGGAUGCCAGAACAGAAGGUUAGCCUCCCUGCUAAGCUGAUUAACGGGGGCGUGGCCGGGCUGGUGGGCGUGACCUGCGUGUUCCCUAUUGAUCUGGCUAAGACCCGCCUCCAGAAUCAGCAGGGUGCCCGUGUCUACAGUGGGAUGUUGGACUGUUUGACCAAGACGAUUAGGACGGAAGGCUACUUUGGGAUGUAUCGAGGUGCUGCGGUCAACCUCACCCUCGUAACUCCGGAGAAAGCGAUCAAACUUGCAGCCAAUGACGUCUUCAGACAGCAGCUCUCCAAGGACGGGAAGUUACCGUUAUGGGGCGAGAUCCUGGCCGGCUGUGGGGCUGGAACCUGUCAGGUGGUGGUCACAACCCCGAUGGAGAUGCUGAAAAUACAGCUGCAGGACGCCGGGAGGCUGGCGGCACAGAGAUCCGUUCCUGCUUCGCCGUCUCUGGAGUCGCCUCAUCAAGCGGUGGUGCGACGCUCAGCCACGGCCAUAACCCUGGAGCUGCUGAGGACGCAGGGCCUCCGGGGCCUCUACAAGGGCACAGGGGCCACGCUGCUCAGGGAUGUGCCGUUCUCCAUGAUCUAUUUCCCUCUGUUCGCCAACUUUAACGCAGUGGGUCGGAGGGGAGACCUCGCUCACGAGCGCGCUCCUUUCCUGCAGUCCUUCGCUUCGGGAUGCGCGGCCGGCUCGGUGGCAGCCGUGGCCGUCACUCCACUAGACGUCAUAAAGACUCGUCUUCAGACACUGCAGAAGGGGGAAGGAGAAGAUUCGUACCGGGGCGUCAUCGAUUGUACACGGCGCGUUCUGAGUCGUGAAGGACCGGCGGCCUUCCUUAAAGGAGCGACGUGCCGAGCGCUGGUCAUCGCCCCGCUGUUCGGGAUUGCGCAAGGCAUCUACUUCCUGGGUGUCGGCGAGCAGGUGAUGAAGCUGCUGGGAUAGAAAUGAAGUCUCAUAACACACACAGCGAACAAACACACAGUACUGUUUCGAUACAUAGAGAGAGAGAGAGGAAAAGAAAAGACAGGGCCUAUUAGGGAUUAGGGAAGGAGUAAGCUUAACCUAAAACAAGAAGGAUGUUAACUUACAUAACCAAAGGAAUUAAAGGAGAAAAAAAAGAUGCUGUUUAUGCGGUGAAGUUGCACACUAACUGUUUCUCAAGUGUCUAAAAAAAUGUAAACAGGGUUCUUUGAGCGAAACAGGGUUCUGUUCUAGUAGCUGAAGGUGUUUCAUUCCUUUGAUUUCGACUGACGCUUGUGUAAAACAUGAAGUAUUUAAUAAUCACUAGGACACUAUCAUCAAAGGUUAUAAAAAAUACAAAUACAGAAAUAAAUAACCUGCAUGUCAACACAUCAGGUGGAUCAGAGACCUCAACAGCUAAAGAUCAAGGAAAAAGUUCGGUGCUUUGUUUUCUUUGAUAAAAAUCGGCAACAUUUUCCCGCACUUUACUCCAAGGGCUGAAGGAAGGCUGCAUAUAUAUUUGGAUAUAAAAAAAUAAAAAAAAGUUUACGCCGAUCAGCCAUAACAAUAUGACCGCUAACUAAGUAAUGUUAAGUGAAUAACACCCCCUGAAAGGGAAUAGCCGGAUAACAAAGAAGGAGAAGAUGCCUUUACUGAAGAGGGGUCUGAUAUUUCAGGGAGCAAGAGAACAAAUUUGAUGUGUUGGAAGCAGGAAAAAAUGUGCAAGUGUUUGGGUUUAAAAUUGUGACGGAUAGACGACUUGGUCAGAGAAACUCCAAACUCCGUCUCUCCUGGAAUGUUCCCAGGAUGCAGUGGUCAGGACCUACUGAAACUCAUCCAAGGAAGGAAAACCGAUGAAUCAGCGAGUGGACAUGGGUGGACAAGGUUUACUGAUGCCAGCGCCUGUUGCUCAAAUUGCUGAAAAAGUUUCCUGCCUCGCAGUUUGUUGCGUACGGUGUUACAGUACAUAGGACUGACCAAUCAGGCACCCGUGUUGUCCCGUUUCCACCUCUGAAUGCUCCUCCAAUGGACACGUAAGCAUCAGACCUGGACCAGAGAGCAAUGGGAGAAGGUGGCCUGGUCUGAUGCAUCAUGUUUUCUUUUACACCAUGUUUGUGUGUCACGUACUAUAAAAUAUAUGGCACUAGGAUGCCCUAUAGGAAGAAGGUGUGACGCUCCGAGGAAUGUUCUGCUGAAAACCUUUGAUGUGGAUAUUUCAUUGUCACAUACUGUACCACCUCCCUGAACAUUGUUUCAGACCCCUUCAUGGAAACGGUGUUCCCUGGAGGCAGUGGGCUCUUUAAGCAUGAUAAUGCACCUUGACACACUUCAAACAUCCUUCAGGAACGGUUGGAGGAACAUGACAAAGAGUUCAAGCAUUGACUUGGCCUCCAAAUUGUCCGGUAUUUGGUAAAAAAAAUUAAUAAAA